AUGGUCUGCUUUUUUUCUUUGGUUUUUCACGUCAUUAAUAUACAGACGAUCACCUGUUCACCUAUGACUGACGCACAAGACGCAUCUAAUGAAGCAGAUCCCGGACCAGAUUACGACCCCGAAAAUGACGUAGAUCCGACUACGCAAGUACCACCAGCAAUACCCGAUGAAGCACAAGGAACAACUAUUCCUAGUUCAGAUGAUUAUGCUGACGAAGAUGAAGUUUUACCUGAUGUUACGAUCAACCUAUAUAUCAACGAUGGGCCUGGUGAUGUAACGGCAACACCUGCUAUAUCUCAGGCAAUUUUAACAGAUAUAUAUGGAAAUCCUAUCACUCAAUCAAAUGUGAUUGACUAUACAACAACUCUUACUGAUAGUCUCUACACAGACUUGAUCACAAAUGGUACUGAAACUGAUGGAAAAGGAUUGUUCGGUAAGUUUAUUUGGUUUAAAAUUUCACGUAAUUACAAACAAACGAAAGAGAAAAAACGAACAGAAGGCUUUUUACUCGAUGGCUAUGUGCAUGUGAAUCAACAUCGAAGUCUAAGCAAGAAAAGAUAA